CCUUAUUGUGUGCUCCACAACAGCGCUGAAAACAUGGGGCCUCUCGUGGAGUGACUCUGUUUGCCCAACUCAUUCUAGCGAUAUAUUUUUCUUGUUGUUCCGCGGGACAGAGAUGAAAAGUCGCUACGCAUUUCCAACUGGUGAUUGCUCGCGUGCCCGAACGGACGGUAAUUGUGAGAAGGGUUGAAGGCUCUCCGAGUGUGCGACUACUAUUUUGGGGAAAAUCCACCUGUGCGCCCGCCAAAUGUCAAUUGUGGUGCAUCGCGUGGAAAAGCGCAGAUGAAUUAUGUCACUCUCAGUUGGGACUGUUUACACGAGGCCUUGGUUCUGGAAGAAGGGAAAUCGCGUCGCUGUUCAUGGAGACUCCCUCACAAUCCACAUCGGUGGCGACCUGAGCGACAAGAAGGCCUUCGCGAAGAGGAAGAACCGCAUCAAGUCCACCAAAUACACCCUCAUCACCUUCCUGCCGCAGAAUUUGCUCGAGCAAUUCCGCCGAAUCGCCAACUUCUACUUCCUCGUAAUGACUACAAUAGCUCUCAUAAUUGAUAGUCCAGUUACACCUCUAACAUCGAUCAUUCCGCUGGUCUUCGUCAUUUCCGUCACUGCCAUGAAGCAAGGAUAUGAAGACUACCUUCGUCAUCGGGCUGAUAACAUGGUGAAUUACUCCCUCGUGACGGUGAUGCGGAAUGGCGUUGAGAUGGACAUCAAGUGCCAGAACAUCGUUCCGGGUGAUCUCGUGAAAGUGGUGCGAGAUUGCGAUGUUCCAUGCGACUUGGUGCUCCUCAAGUCGUCAGAUCCUCACGCGAAGUGUUACAUCACCACGGCUAAUCUGGAUGGUGAGUCCAAUCUCAAGACACUCACGAUUCCGCGAGGCUUGCCAACGGUAGACAUUGAUCGCCUGAAUUCGCUGGGCAUUAUUGAGUGUGAGUAUCCAAUAACGGAUCUCUACUCAUUCAACGGACGCAUAGAAUUGUCCGAAGCGAUGGUCAGUCAGCGGACAUCUGUGGUUCCGGAUCUGGAUGUGGCUAACAGCAAUGUCCUGCCGCUGAUGGCGGAGAAUCUGCUUCUGCGAGGAUCGCGAGUGAAGAACACAGAGUGGGUGAUUGGAUGUGCAGUUUACACAGGUCAAAUGACAAAGUUGGCACUCAACAGCAAAUUGACCAAGUACAAAAUGAGCUCAAGCGAGAAAUUCAUCAACAAGUUCCUGGUAUUCUUCCUCAUUCUCCUCAUCUCGAUCGUCACUGUUUCCUAUUUCUUAAAAAGAUUCUAUGAUAUGCACCGUGAAGAGCGCAAUAUCUAUCUUGGUGAUCCCGUUCCUAACUAUCAGGUUUCCCAGUUCCUUCAGGAUUAUUUCUCGUUCCUAAUCCUGUUCAAUUACCUCAUUCCCAUCUCACUGUACGUAACGAUUGAAGUGCACAAGUUCCUCGGUUCCUUCUACCUGGAAUGGGAUCUUGAAUUGUACGACGUGGCGACUAAUCAACCGUGCAUCGUCAAUACAUCGGAUCUGAACGAGGAGUUGGGACAAGUGGAGAUACUCUUUUCCGAUAAGACCGGCACUCUGACGAAGAACGAAAUGAUUUUCCAGCACUGUUCAAUUAAUGGCAAGAAGUUCAUGCAGAAGAGAACGGGAUUGCUCGAGGAAGGAAAGCAUUUACUACUGAAACUUCCUGAAUUCAAGGAAGAUGUUUUUGGCUUCUUUGAAGCUCUCUCGGUGUGUCACACAGUUCAAGUGGCCGGUUGCGAAGAUGCGGACGUCGAACCGUCGCAUGAUAUGCCAAUGAUACAGAGCGAUGAGACUGAUAAUAUCAACUCGAGCGCCUUCACGCUUGGUGAUAACUUCACCGACAUCAGCGAGGAGCGCGAAGAGUCACCGAUCCUCGAGAUGAAUGGUGGCAAUGGUGAAACGAUCAACCAUGGCGUCAAUGGUGACUUGAACCCACUCUUAAAUAGGCAACCAACUGACACCGAUCAACAUUUUCUAGGCUACAGUAAAACCCUCCACCACCUCCUACCCUCGCGACCGUCCAGCGAGCACCUGCCCAAGGUGGCCUCCCUCAUCUUCGAGGGCAAGCAGCGGCCCUACAGUGUCGUGGGCAUGGACAAUGCCAGCUUCACGAACAUGCACGAAUUCACCUUCACGCCUCAGCCACUCAGUCGACCGAAUUCCCAUGUCGACCUCAAGAGGACCAUCUCGACGGAUGCCGAGGUGCAUCAGAAGACGCACCGACGCACGCAAUCCUACAAUGUGCCACCGAACAAAGCCAAUGCGUCGGCGUCUGUUGUGAGGACGCCGUCCAAAGUGUCACGCCAGUCCAGCGUGAGGAGCAUAAUUUCGCAGCUGAACUCCAGAGAGUCUUACGCGGCGCCUCAGCACACGGAGGCCGCCAAAAUCGAGAGAAAUGAGUCCAUGUACAGAAGAGGAGUGAUCCAGUCAGUCAUUGAGCAAUUGAAUUAUCAGGCUUCGAGUCCCGAUGAGAAGGCUCUUGUUGAGGCAUGUGCCAAAGUGGGAUUUGUUUACACGGGCGAUGACGAUGAUGUUGUGACGGUUAAGAUUAAGAAGUCAGUUUUCCGUGGUGGAAAGGCUCGCAAUGUCGAUACUCUGGAUUCGGUGAAGAGAAUCUUCAAAGCCGACAACUCGACCAUCAUGAAGUUCAAGCGACUUCAUGUGCUGGAAUUCACGUCGGACAGGAAGAGGAUGAGUGUGAUUGUGCGCGAUCAGAAGGGACAAAUUUGGCUGUACACAAAGGGCGCGGAGAGUCAUGUGCUGCCACUCUGUGAUAACACACCUCGCCAACUGAUAAGUGUAACCCAGAGUCACAUUAACGACUUCGCUAAGCUGGGCCUUCGCACAUUGACUGUGGCGAGGAGGAGAAUUUCAAAUUCUGAAUACAUCGCCUUUUGCAAUGAAAUAACACAAGCCAACAAUUCACUGACAGACCGAAAAGCUCUUGUGGAGAACUGCCAGCAGAAAAUAGAGAGAAACUUGGAAUUGCUCGGGGCGACAGCCGUGGAGGAUGCGUUGCAGGAUAAUGUGCGAGAUACACUAGAAGCGCUGCGACAUGCUGGCAUUAAGGUGUGGGUGUUGACGGGUGACAAAGUGGAGACCGCUCUCAACAUCGCCUUGUCGUGUGGCCACAUCCCUGACAAUGCCAUCAAGCACUUCAUCGUGGAGUGCCAGAGCGCUGAGAAGCUCGAGGAGCAGCUCAGUGUGUUUGAAAAUGAGCUCAAUCGAUACAAGGACGAGGUGUUCGCGCUGCUAAUUGACGGUGGCAGUCUGGCUUUUGCUCUCUCUGACUUUCCAGAGCGCUUCAGGGACUUGUCCGUGCGCUGUCGGGCAGUGUUGUGCUGCAGAUUGAGUCCACUGCAGAAGUGCGAAGUGGUGCAUUUAAUGAAGACUGUCGCUGGAAAUCCAAUCACGGCGUCCAUUGGCGAUGGGGCGAACGAUGUGUCGAUGAUUCAGGAGGCUCACGUGGGUCUGGGCAUUGUGGGCAAGGAGGGACGCCAGGCGGCGCGGUGUGCAGACUAUGCUUUUGCCAAUUUCUCCAUGGUCAGGAGGAUGCUCCUCGUGCACGGCCACUAUUUCUCCCAGCGACUGUCACUGCUGGUGUUGUACUUCUUCUACAAGAACCUCGUGUUCAUGAUGAUUCAGCUGUACUUCCAGACCAACAGCAUGUUCUCCUCUCAGUCCGUCUACGAUUCACUCUUCCUCACGCUCUACAAUGUUGUGUACACAGCGCUGCCGAUUCUCGUGAUAUCAAUCACUGAGAAAGUCUAUCCCAUGGACAAAUUGAUGAAUGAACCACCGCUUUACAAAAAUAACGUGCGAAAUAAGAGGCUACAAUGGAAAUACUUCUGCGGUUGGAUACUGCUGGCUGUUUACCACUCGUCAAUCAUAUACGUGUCUGGCUAUCUCAUGUGGGUGAACAAUCCGGUCAUCUUCACGACACCCCACAAUGUUAAUUUCUUCUGCUACGGCACUUUCAUGAUACACAACGUGGUGAUUUUGGUCAAUUUGAAGCUGUGGCUCACGUCCAUGUAUCAAUCCUACUGGUUUAUCUUCUCCAUCUGGCUCUCGAUCUUUGGCUUUGUGCUCACAACAUUCAUCUACAACCUCUUAAACUUAGACCUCUUCGACGGCGAUAUGCUCCACGUGUACUCAAAUCUCUUAUCAUCGCUCACCUUCUGGCUGCUGUGCAUUGUGGUAGUCGUGGCGGCGCUCAUUCCUGAUUUCACAAUUAAGGCCCUCCAAGCACUCAACGUGAACUGCGGAUCAAUAUUCCCAGGCCCGAAGGCGGCGAACAACACUAAAUCGCGGUGCACUUUCUUCGAAAUGACGCGUCUCUGAGGCGCGAGUCUUCGGGUCAUCGAGAGACAGGGACAUGACGUGAUUUUAUAGUAAUUUAACACAAGCAAUUAGUGUUAGAACGACCGUGAAAGUGAUUCAUAGUGACUGUGUGUGAAAUCUAGUGAAUUUUGUACCUAAGAUGCUGCACUAUAAUUGUGUUCCAAGUAGUGUUUGCAUUUCCUCUGUUAUUACUUUUCCCUGUGCCCAGUUACCAAAAGAGCGAGAAUAGUAAAAGAUGGGAGGUGAAAAAGCUAAAGUAUUGUGCAUAUGUUUGAUCCCAGUGAGAGAAUAAAAACCUCUGGAGAAUAA